AUGACAGACAUGUACUCGCUUCUUGGUGCAGUAUUCUUCGUGGAAGGGUUCGGAGAGGAAAGCCUGGAGCAACAGAUCGCUGCACUGCGCCCUGGCCUGAUCGUCUGCAGCUCCAGCGGCAGCUCCAUGGGACCCGCGCAGAGGUUGCGAGCGGAAGCCGAGAGAGACGUGCAGGUGUGCUGUCUGCGUGAAGACGUCCUGGAGCGCGUGGACCAAGUCGUGGUCCCGGCCUCUAACGGCACUCACGUGACGCUCACCAGGGGGGCGCUGUUCGACAACAUGGCUGCUCAGCCCGACGGACGCUACGCCUGCGUCGCCAUGGUUCGAAACCGCUCGGCGUCCGCGGCCGCAACCCAGUCGGGCGGAAGCAGCGGCGGAGUCACCGUUGUCGGAACUGUCCUUCCGGCUUGUGCGGAUGGCUGGCGUUGCAACUCUGCAGUCGCCAGCGACAAAUGCACGUCGGUCUGUCGCUGUCCUUUUGGAAUGCACGCCAUCGAAGGCAUAUGGAGGUGCAGUUACUCAUCGGAGCCUUCCAAAGUGGAGCUCGAAGUCCUGGACGAAUUCGGGAGCCAUUACGAAGACGGCGACCGCGUUCUGGUGGUGUCGCACGACAGCUUAGUCCUGCGUUAUCGCUACGGAGUGAGCGCCGACGCAACCUUGCUGGAACAGGUCUCCGGGGAAGAGCCCUGGAGGCGGCCCGUAUCGUUCUCGUCCAAGUCCGGCAUCCGGCGACACGAAGGGAGUCUCGUCCUGUGGGAGGUCGCCCGACCGCUGGUAGUGUUCGUGCAGGUGACUCUGCACAGCCGGCCGCCUCUGGCCAAAUCUGUUAUGCUGAACCUCGUCGUGGUCCCACGCCUCACUGUCGGCAUGCCCUGCCACGAGGACGGCGACUGCCGGAGCGUCAACGGGCUCUGCAUGGAACGCCAGUGUCGGUGCUCGUUUGCGCUCGACGUCAACGGAACCUGCGUUGUUGUCGGUUGCGCGAAAAAUGACGACUGCGCAAGGAAUCCCGGGACCACGUGCGUGGACUCUACUUGCCGUUGUCCCACGGGAAGCGACUUGAGAAACGGCAGAUGCUGGCACCGCGCUUGCAAGAGUCACUUCCAGUGCUCGCACGAGCGCCUGCACACGGUUUGUUUCCGUAACUCCUGCCAGUGUGCGCACGGCUUUCGAGACGUUGACGGGACCUGCACGCCCAUAGAGUGCUCGCACGAUGUUGAGUGUCGAGAUCCCCUGAUGCGCUGCCGAAACGCAUCGUGUGACUGCUCCGAAGGUUACAUCGACAACGGUGAACGGUGCACGCCAAGUGGAGCUGGCCCAGGCGCUGGUCCUGUACUGCUGGGUAUGCCCGUUGGAAGGACCCUAAUACAGGAACAAGUAUGGUGA